AAUACCUGAAGCUUGUCACCGGGAUCGUGCGAUGUUCGUUCGAAAUAUUUUGUUGUCAUUUAAAUCGGUCUUUUAUUCCAAAGUGACGCGUUUCACAAGUACGGCUAUUAAAAUGGCAAGUAAAAUUAAUGUAGAUGUAGAAGAGCCUGUUUUGAGAGUAACUCGUAGCUCCAAGAGAAAAUUAACCUCACCAAUAAUUAAACAUGAAGAUGGCGAAACGUCAAACGUUGCUAAACAAUCCCACAAAUCUUUGCAUCUCCCUUCUUCUACCAAACUGCUGCAAGCUGAAAAUUCCGUAGUUCAGAUUUGUGAGAAAAAUGCAAAUAGUGUCACUUCCCAUGUUUCAAAUCCUACCAAGACAUUAAAAUCAAAAAGGAUGGAAAAGGAGUCAUAUGAAAAGGAUUCAUUUGGAAAUGGAAAACAAAAACAAAUUAAAAAAGAAAAGGAAGUCAAAGCCAAAAAGACUGAUACUGGAAAAAAAGUUUCAAAAAACGAUGUUCCAAAACCAGAGAUGGUUAUUCCAGAAAUCAUAAUUCCUUCCAAUAAGCCAAUAAUUAAACGUGAAGUUGGUCCUAGUCCUUGGAAUGGAACAGUCAAGUAUGAUAACAAAAUAUUUCUUGGUGCCCACAUUUCAGCAGCAGGUGGAUUGGAAAAUGCUAUUACCAAUUCCUUAAAUAUAGGAGGAACCAGUUUUGCUCUAUUUCUAAAAAAUCAAAGGCAGUGGGUUUCAAAACCCAUGGAAGAUGUUACUGUCCAACGUUUUAAAGCUGCCUGUGCAACACACAAGUUUCUUCCACAUUUGAUUCUGCCACACGGAUCCUACUUAAUGAAUUGUGGUAGCAGUGACCCUGUUAUUUUAGCCAAAAGCCGAGCUAAUCUUCUUGAUGAGGUUCAAAGAUGCGAAAGACUAGGUAUUUUGUAUUACAACAUUCAUCCGGGAUCGAGUUGUGGAAAAGGGACGCGUGAGGAAGCUAUAAAAUCAAUCGCCGAUAGUAUCAAUUGGGUCCACGAUCAAACUCCCGAUUCCAAAGUUACUGUUGUAUUGGAGAACAUGUGCCGUCAGGGUAAUACGAUUGGCGGUGAUUUUUCUGAUUUGGCAGAAAUCAUCCAGCAGGUCUUUGAUCAAUCAAGAAUCGGAGUUUGCCUCGACACUUGUCAUGCUCUAGCAGCCGGGUACGAUCUAGCCACCGCCCAUGGAUUCGACUCCUUUUUGGAAGAGUUUGAACGUGUUGUUGGUUUUCGUUAUCUUGUUGCUGUCCAUCUAAACGAUUCUGAAGGUGAGUUAGGAUGUCACCGCGAUCGUCACGCAUCCAUCGGCAAAGGAAAAAUUGGUUUGGAAGGCUUUCGACGUAUUGUCAAUUGUCCUCGAUUCCGUGAUAUUCCUGUCGUACUAGAAACUCCCUUUAUCAGUGAUGAACACUACAAACAGGAAAUUUUAUUGUUGAAAUCUCUGGCCAAUUCGGAUACUGUGUGUGCCUGAAAUUAAAUCUUUAAAAUUUUUCGAAUAACUCAAAAAAGGGAAUCCCGGCCGUUAUCAAUGGGAUUCCCAACAGUUUUAUUCAUCAGCUGUUUUAAAAACGACUUGAAUGUCAAAGGGGCUUGACUUUUGCCUCUGUGUAAAUAUUGAACUAGAAGUUUUGUUAUUGCCCAACUCAGGCUUUUCCCCCGAACGCCAUAGUUUUUUUUUGCGUCGAAUUAUUGGAAAUGUUAAAAACAACGUUAAAGUGCGUACAUCAAUCAAUGUUGUAAUUUCCUGGGGUCAUCGCUUUUAGGGUUACCAGAUAUCAGGCAUCCCUUUCGGGAAGGUCGGGGCAAAAUAAUGGUCCUCAAAGAUAUUUCAAGUGAAGCUUCGUGUUUUGAUGCUGGAGCGAUUUUCUGUGUUCUAUACACUAUAUGUAAAUGUAA